AUGGAGGGGGGUGCCAUCCGGGAGGGGGGUCUGGAGGGCCAGCACUCUUCCUUAAGAGCAGGUCGACAUAAGGGCUCAGUCUCCUCACCUCCCUCCUCAGACACCUCUGAGGACCCUGCAUCCCGUGUGCUGGCUGGUGAAUCUGAGGGCAGGAGGAUCGGGCCUCAGCUUCCAGUUUGUGAAACAGGAGGAGCCCUGGCUUGGGAAGGAGGGUGGGAGGCCUGGGGGAACCAGAUGGAAGUACAGACGGUUGUACACCUGAGCCCCUCCAUGGAGACCAUUCCUCGCUGUCCACGCUCUGAUCCGCCAUCCCCUCCUGUCUCAGGCCGAAAUAUCCUGAACUCGGACCCCACCCCAGUAUCUCAUGUGCAGGUCUCUGCUGAAGGGCCAACCCUGGGCAUUUCUCUGGUCACUGCAGAACCUGAGGUCAGCCGGAUCAGCUAA